GGGGGUUCUUGGUUGAUCUUGGUGCCAGCUCAGGCCUGGCACAGAGCAGAGAGGGCAAGAAAGGAUAAAGUAGCGGGGAGAGAAAGAGAGGGCUGGGGGAAAGCUGGCUAAGUUGGUGGUACCGAACCCGGGCUGCGCUGAUGGGUGAGGAGGAGUGGGUGGGCGUGCCCUUUGCCGAAGUUCACCACGGGAAACUCAAUACCUCGGGAUAUUCGCGGAGGACUCGGUCUCCCCAGCCCCACCUCUUGGGCUUUUAUAAACCUCAGCCCAUCCCUACUUCUGCUUGAGGCAAAACCUGAGGCCAACCUUGGAUCCACAGUUAGUCUAAGAGCAAGCUUCCCCACCUCUAGCCUUCUCCAUGGCUGCCCAGCCACUGACAGAACUGGAGGCUGCUAUUGAAACGGUGGUGAAAACCUUCUUCACUUUUGCUCAUCGAGAGGGAAAGAAAGACAGCCUCAGUGUCAAUGAAUUUAGGGAGCUGGCCACGCAACAACUGCCCCACCUCCUCAAGGACGUGGGCUCCUUGGAUGAGAAGAUGAAGAGUCUGGAUGUGAAUCAGGAUUCUGAGCUCAAGUUCCAUGAAUACUGGAGGCUUAUUGGGGAACUGGCCAGGGAGAUGAAGAAAAAGACAGCGUCAGAGUUCCGGAAGAAGUCGAAGCUGACCUAGGGAGGUUUGGGGGGAGAGGAGGGGAAGGUGACAAGGUGACCCCUGUCCCCCUAAUAAAGUUGUCUUGAAAUACAA